GUAGUAUCUAAAGAAGAAUUAAAAGUACAAUGAAGAGAUCAAGUUCUAUAUUUACAAUAUUUGAUAACAGAAUAUGAAAAGAAAGAUGUAUAAAUAGUAAAAAAAGUAGAUAAUACAAGAGUAAAUAUAAAUUUAAAUUUAGGUAAAUGAAUUAGAAGGUAAGAAAAUGAGAGAUUAAGAGUAUUAAUAGUUUAAACUAGAAGUGAAGUAAUAAUAUAGAGAAUCACAGAAGUAAAUAAUGAAAUGAAAGUAUGGAAAAGAAAGUUUUAAGAAAUUAAUCAUGAUUAUAGUGAGACUUAAAAGAAAUUGAUGAAUGCAAAAAUUGAAUUAGAAGCAUUAAAAAAAUAGAAUGUACGUUAUAAAAAAUGUAUUAGAGUUUGUGAUAACAAAAAAGUAGUGUAACAAGAAUAGUAGUAAAGAGUUCAGGCUUAAGUGUCAGAUAGCCAAUGUUUGGUAUUAAGCCUAAAGUAUGAGGUCAUUAAAAUCAUUAAUAAAAAUAUAAAAUAAUUUAGAAAUGCAAACACCUGAACCAUAGACAAUGCAUUACAAAUUUAGAAGCAGAAGUAGAGAGACUUCAAAGCUUAAGUGAUUAUUACUAUUUAAAAGUAGAUUGAUGGCUAGAUCAACUACAGAUAGUAGUAGUAGCACAAGCUCUUCUUCUUCUAGUUCAUCUAGUAGCAGUAGUUCCUCAGGAAGUUCUUCAAGCAGUGGAUGCCACUUUCAUUACGAAAUUGGAGACAAAAUUGACAAAUAUGUGAUAACUAAAUAUUUAUGUUCGGGGACAUUUGGAAUGGUCUUAGAAGUUAUUGACGAAUUAACAAACACAUAUGCUGUGAAAGUUAUUAGAUUAAUAUUCAGAUCUUGAGCGAAACUGAUCAUA